AUGGGAUACAAACAAUCUCAAGGAUCAACUUCAAUUCCUUCUUCAACUGUCUCAAAAAAGGAUAUUUGGCUAAAUCCUAAAUAUCAUGACAACAACCAACAAACUAUCUGCAAACCUAAUGAACUGGAAUCCUUUUUAUGCAAUCCUCCUCAGCCUGUUGACAGAAAACUGCUCAAUCGUAUUCUAGGUUCUUUGAUUGGUUUAGCUUUAGGCGACGCUCUCGGUGCUCAUGUAGAAUCUAAGCCUCAUGAAUACAUGAUCGAGCAUCCAGUCAAGGAACUUGACGGAGGAGGUACAUGGGGUCUUGCAAAAGGACAAUUCACUGACGACACUUCUAUGACUCUUUGUUUGGCUAGCUCUUUAAUAAUGCGUUGUGGCUUUGAUCCAUACGACCAAUUAGUUCGUUACAAAUGCUGGCACAAAAAUGGUUAUAUGUCAUCAACAGGAAAAUGUUUUGCUAUUGGAUCAUCAACUAGACAAUGUUUAAACGUGUUCGAACAACGACAACGUGACUUUGCUCAGGAAAAUAAAAUUCCUUUAGAAGAUUUAGAUAGUUUCAAUAAAUUGGAGAUUUUGAAUAGUUUCGAUAUAAAUUGCGGGAUAAAUGAUGCAACUGAUAAUGAAGGUCUUGUGCGUCUUGCACCAGUGCCACUCUUAUUUCAUCAAAAUCCAAAGAAAGCUGUUGAAUAUUCAGGUCUUAGUGCUAAAAUAACUCAUGGCAAUCAAAACGUCUAUGAUGCAUGUCGUUUUUACGGUGCUCUAAUUGUAGCUGCUGUUCAAGGAAUGACGAAGGCAGAAUUAUUAGAUCCUGACUUCUACAAGAGACAUGAAGACUGGUUUGGUAGUGAACUACUUCAUGAAGAUGUUAGGAAAAUUGCUGAAGGAUCUUAUAAAAGAAAAAAUGGCUAUCAAGAUGGUAUUCGAUCAAAAAACUUUGUUCUUAACAGUCUAGAAGCUGCUUUGUGGGCUUUUUGGUCAGAUGAAGACACAUUUGAGAAAGGUGUUUUGGCUGCAGUCAAUCUCGGUGAAAAUACUGAUACAACAGCAGCUAUUUACGGGCAAUUAGCUGGCGCUUAUUAUGGUUAUAAAGAAUUACCUUCUAGAUGGGUUGAACAUAUUUACGCGAUAAAAUUUAUUACAUAUAUGGGUAAAUGGAUUGCUUAUCAGAGUGAGAGGUGUUUCCAUUCGGAUCAAUGA